UAGGGUCUGUUAUAUCUCUGAUCCGUGAGUACCUCUCUCACAGAAAGGCACCACAGCAAGCAGAGGCAGCAAAAACAAAAACACCCAAGACAAACGAGGAAAGAGGAAGAAAACAAAAAGCUGCCCCUUAUGGAAGAUACAAAGGAUUCGAAGGUGAAGAGAUUUUGCUCCAAAAAUAUCCUGAUCAUCCUCGGUUUCUCCUCUGUCUUGGCCGUGAUAGCUUUGAUUGCUGUGGGAUUGACCCAGAACAAACCAUUGCCAGAAAAUGUUAAGUUCGGGAUUGUGCUGGACGCGGGCUCUUCUCACACCAACUUGUACAUCUACAAGUGGCCAGCCGAGAAGGAGAAUGACACCGGGGUGGUGCAACAGUUGCAAGAAUGUUCAGUGAAAGGUCCUGGAAUUUCAAAAUAUGCUCAGAAGACAAAUGAACUAGACACAUACCUGGCUGAAUGCAUGGAAAUGUCCACUAAGUUGAUCCCAGCAUCUAAGCAUCGUGAAACACCUGUUUACCUGGGAGCCACGGCGGGCAUGCGCUUACUUAGAAUGGAAAGUGAACAGUCGGCAGACAGGGUCCUGGCUGCAGUGUCAAGAAGCCUCAGCAGCUACCCCUUUGACUUCCAGGGUGCCAAGAUCAUCACUGGCCAAGAGGAAGGUGCCUAUGGGUGGAUUACUAUCAACUACCUACUGGGAAGAUUCACCCAGAAACCGAGUUGGCUAAACCUCAUCUCCACAGACCACCAGAAACAGGAAACCUUCGGUGCUUUGGAUCUCGGUGGCGCCUCUACACAAAUCACCUUCGUGCCCCUAAACAGCACUAUAGAGGCCCCAGAAAACUCUCUGCAAUUUCGCCUCUAUGGUGAGGACUACACUGUGUACACACACAGCUUCCUGUGCUAUGGGAAGGACCAGGCGCUCUGGCAGAAACUAGCCAAGGACAUUCAGGUUUCAAGUGGCGGGACUCUCAGGGACCCAUGCUUUCACCCGGGAUACAAGAAGGUGGUGAAUGUUAGUGAACUCUACGGCACCCCCUGCACCAAGAGAUUUAAAAAGAAGCUACCAUUUGAUCAGUUUCAAAUCCAGGGCACUGGAAACUACACACAGUGCCAACAGAGCAUCCGCCAGCUCUUCAACAACAGCUACUGCCCUUACUCCCAGUGUGCCUUCAAUGGUGUCUUUUUGCCCCCUCUCCAUGGGAGUUUUGGGGCAUUUUCAGCUUUCUACUUUGUGAUGGAUUUUUUUAAGAAGAUGGCAAAAGACAGUGUCUCCUCUCCGGAAAAGAUGACGGAGACCUUAAAAAUUUUUUGCUCAAAGCCUUGGGAGGAGGUGAAAACCGCUCACCCUACAGUAAAGGAGAAGUACCUGAAUGAGUACUGCUUCUCGGGUGCUUACAUCCUUACCCUCCUUCUGCAAGGCUAUAACUUCACAGGCAAUUCCUGGGACCAGAUUCAUUUUAUGGGCAAGAUCAAGGACAGCAAUGCAGGGUGGACUUUGGGCUACAUGCUGAACUUGACCAACAUGAUCCCAGCUGAACAGCCGCUAUCCCCACCUCUCCCUCACUCCACCUACAUCGCCCUCAUGGUUAUCUUCUCCCUGAUCUUGGUGGCUGUGGUCAUCAUUGGCCUGUUAAUCUGUAGCAAGCCUUCGUGUUUCUGGAAAGAAGCGGUAUAGCAGCAGCAGCCGAAAUUUGCUGUCUGGAGUGAGAAAGCAGCUUGCCCAGGGAGCCUGUUCCUCCCUGCAGGGGAGUCCCUGCUUCCCGGGGACAGUCUCAACCAGCAUGAAGCAUCGGAGGCUUUUGCUGAAGGCUUUCCUUGGGGACAGUUCCUCUGCUGCAGUGACUUCCUGGUGAUACUUUCUUGUCAUUCCCAGCUGCCUUCCUUCUCCUUUGUCCUCUGUGCUUCUGAUCAUGACUUUCAUGGUCUGUGCUUCAAAAAAGAACAGUAUCAACUUUGUCUCAAAGAACUAAGAAUCCCAAGUUCCACAAUGCCCAAUGUGAGCUGGCGGUCAUAGCUUUGGGAACUCACCCUCCCCCACCUCCUAAGAAAGCCAUGCAGUGCCUUUGGAGCGAGGAGACACAAGCCUGCCCUUUGGAUAGGAGAAUUUUCUAAAGUAGGGAAUUAUGUGCUAAAGCCAAAGAGUUUUUUGCAAAGGAGCCUAUGUGCCUGUGCAGCCAAUGUGAUUCAUCAUCUGCUGAAAAUAAGAUGGAAACACAUUGUAUAUUCCUGCAUGAUGCCGAAAUGCUCUCAAGUAGAACACACCGGCCAGGGGUUUUGAAAAGCAGAUGCACACAUAGGCAUUUAGGGGCUACUAUGUGACAGUAGUGAAUGUGCUAGGAAGAAUAUUACAGCUACCACUCAGGACUGGGAAAAUAUCCCCUCUAAUGCAUCUUUUAGAGUUUGUGGUUUUUAUGUUAAAAUACACAUAACACAAAUUUCACCAUAUUUACAUUCCACUCAGUACAACUGAAUGGCAUUUAGUACAUUUACAAUGUUAUACAAUUAUCACUACUUUCAAGAUUUUGUUUCUAAUUGUGUGUGUAUGAUGGGUCUGUGCGCAUGAGUGCAGUUAACAUGGUGGCCAGAGGAGGGUGUCAAUCCCUUAGAACUGGAAUUGUGAGCUGUCCAGUGUGGGUGCUAGAAUUCAAACAGAUCCUCUGCAAGAACAAUGUGUGCUCUUAACCUCUGAACCGCCUCUCCAGGCCCUGUGCUACAAUUUUAUAACGGUCUAUAACCAAGAGGUUGCCUGGGGACAAGACCAUACAUGAGUUUUCUCAAACCACAAACCAUUCCAUUGAUCACUAAGUAGACUCUGAUCCACAGAGAGGCUCACUGGGUUUGAGAGCCACACCAUAUCUUAUUGUCCCAAGACUGAAUUUAGUGAAGGGUGGCAGACUUUUGCCCUGUUGGGGUAUUUACAUUUCAAGUGUUACUACCCCUCUGCCAUGCAACACAUGCCUUAUUUCCGUAUUUCAUGGAGUGUUUCAUGGGUAACAAAUAAGUGAUUAUGGACUUUUAUUCUGGAAAAGUGGAGAGAUCUUGUACCUUUCCUAUGAGUAUUGUUGCAAUAAUUAGCUGCUGAGCAGACUUGAGCAGUGAUGUAUUCUCACCCUAUACCCAAGCUGUCUGUCCAUCUCUGAUCUGGGUACUGGACACUCAGAAAGGAAAGUUUCCCAUAAACUAGAAGCUAAAUGCCCCCAUAUCUCUUGGGUAGUCAAGUCAUCUUUCUUUUUUAUGAGUCUCUUCUGUUGUUCACAGUUGAAUGUGCAGCUGCCAUUAACCAUUGACUGAGCAUCCGUGGUUAUGUUCUGUGCUUAGAUGCAUUGUGUUCAUCUUCCCAUUCUAUUCUCACAACAGUCAGAAGAAGGUGGCUUUUACCACUCCCAAUGCUCAUGAUAGAGCAUGUUCAAACUCACAUCUGCCUCAAGACUACCUUUUUUUCUUUUGUUUUUGUUGUUAUUGUUUUGUUUUGUUUUAUUUUUGGCUUUUCAAGACAUGAUUUCUCUGUGUAGCCCUGGCUGUCCUAGAACUCAUUUAUCUGAAGACCAGGCUAGCCUCGAACUCAGAUCUCCACCUGCUCUUGCCUCCUUGGGAUUAAAGGCGUGGGCUACUACAACUGGCCAUGUUUUCUCCUUUUUAACACUCACUGCCACCAGCACUGCCAAUAUGUUGGAAUUCAAAACAACAAGUUUCCUUCAAAGAACAAAAAUCACAUUUUUGUCUUGUUUUCCAGAUUCAAAAUAAUAAUAAUAAUGGAGACAAUUAGAUACAACCUAAUCUCAGUUUCAUUGGAGGGAACGUUAAUCUAGGGAUCUUCUUUGGGUCCUUCUGUGUGGAGCAGACCAAAUAAAAUGAGUCACUAUUAAUUAAUUUUAAUAUUGGAUUGCCCACUCAUUGGCUAUAGUUAAUUAUUAUUCAUCUCUAGAUUUUCACUCAGUAUUCAGAAUCUGUUCUUCUAACCCUGUUCCUUUGCAAGGUAGUGAUUUUUUUCUAUGAACCUACAAGAGCAGAAAUGGGUUCAUCUGAUAUAAAUAAAAACAUGAAACUAUAGAGCUAGGUUUUGCAUGUGUGUGCACAUGGGUGUGUAUGGGAGAAAAAAGUUUCAAUUCGUCUAAAUAAGUAAGAAAUAUAACAUGAUAUACACAAAAGAUUCAAAAGUACAUUUCAUUUUAGUGUUUUGUUAGUCAAGAUCCAUACAGGAAAGAGGUGGUAUACUCCAACAUGGGAACCAAGUAGAGUUUUAAAAAGAGGCUAAACUUAAAAUAUUCUCGUUUCAAUAAUCAAUGUAAAAUUAUUCAUAUAUGGUUUCAAAAUCCAAAGCUUCCAAAAUCUGUUGUGUGUAUUGCAUUCACACCAUAGGCCACAUUUUAGGUGCCCAACACUAGCUACCUCUUGGCAUAUUGGCACAUUUGGAAAUACUUCUGAAGCUUACAAGGUAGGUAAGAGAUAAGCUCUCAUUGACUUUUCCUUAGGGAGCAUUACACAAGUAGGUUAGGUAGACUAAAACAUCCCUGCCAUUCUCUCAUUACACAUAGACAUGAAUGUUAUUCCUAAACAAGCUGUUUAGAUCCCAACCGAGCAUUUUACUAUGUUCCUAUGGCUUUGCUGUCUUUGUGUAACAAGUGGGCCAAGACUUGUGAUGUGAGCUGGUUCAAAGGUAAUUCUUCAUGUUCACAUUUCUCAAAAUGUAAAUUUGAAUGUCAAAAUAAAAUCAAAGAUCCUCUUUAAAACUUUCCAAAAA